AUGUUGGUUCAUACGAAGCUUUCCGCUGUUUUCACUGUGAUAAUAAUGUUCUCACAAGCCCACUCCGAUCUAGUCCGCCUUGAAGAUGACAACAUCAACGGGUUCAUAACAACGGUGAUCGGAGUUUGCAAAGGAUAUGACGACAAACAGUCAUGUCAAAAUCUUUUGUUGGAGCUCAAGAGGGUAUCCUCGUCACUCUCGGAGAUGAAAUGUCGUGAGUUAUUGAUCAUCGUUUUAAAGAAUUCCGUGUGGAGGAUCGACAUGGCUAUGAUUGGUGUGAUGGAAGACACAAAACUACUUGAGCAGAUGGAGAAUGAUAUGCUUGGUGUGAAGGAGGACACAAAUCUAUUUGAAGAGAUGAUGGACUCGGCAAAAAAUAGGAUGAUCCGUUCAGUGGAGGAACUUUUAGGAGGAGAAAGCCUUAAUCUUGGUUCUUACGAAAACGUCCACACUUGGCUCAGUGGCGUUCUUACUAGCUACAUCACAUGUAUCGACGGAAUUGGUGAAGGUGCCUAUAAACGUCGGGUCGAGCCAGAGCUUGAGGACCUCAUUUCUAGGGCAAGAGUAGCUUUGGCAAUUUUUAUUUCCAUUUCGCCGAGAGACGACACCGAACUUAAGUCGGUGGUUUCCAAUGGCCCGUCUUGGUUAUCCAAAGUUGACAAAAAAUAUCUAUAUCUCAAUCCUGAGAGAAAAUAA